CAAUAGUGACAGUACGACAUUAAAGAAAAAAUAAAAAGUCACUUUUUAGUUUUCAACAAAAAAGCAAAAAUAAAAAAAAGUCUAGAGUCAAGAGAAGAGAUAGCUCUUAUCGUAUCAGAGCCAGCUCAAAUUAUUCAAAUCUCUCUCUCUCUCUCUCUUUCUCUUUCUCUCUCUCCCUAUUUCUAUAUCUGCUUCUUUUGGGAAAUUUGCUUUCUUGGUUUCUCUUCAACUCUCACCCUUCAUUUCUUCGUCUUCUCCGUCUCUCUCUGGUACCGUGAAUCCGUUGGUCUCGGUUGUCCUGAAUCUAUUCUACCAUUUGCUAUUAAUCCUAACGAAAAUCGAAUUUGUUGUAUUCCCUUGUUGUUUCUUCCUUGGUGGAUUGCUCUCCCCCUUUCCCCUUCCCCCCUUUGCCCUCUGUUUCAAGGGAAGGAAAAGGGAUUCUGAAAUUCUCGCCCCACCUCCUCCCUUUUCUCGCCUUUGGGCUGCUCUUGUUUCUGAGAAUGGUGGGUGCAAAUGCCAUAAAAUCGCAGAGCUCCUCAAGGGUGGCUUUGGGUCGUCUCUGAAAGAGGUAAAAAAAUCGCGUGCUCUGUUUUUUCCGGCUUCAAUUUCCAGAUUCAAGGGGGUGCCUGCAUUUGUGUUGGAAUCUUCUGAUGAUUUGUUUAUGUAAUAAUGUCAUUUGGGUUUUCAAUUUUGUGUAUCAUUUUAAAUUUUGAUUGAUUCGCCCACUUCCAUCUUUCCUCGCUACGAAAGAACAAAUCUUUACUCGAGAUGGGUUUUCUUUUCUGCAGUUCUAUUGAUUGGCGGUGUUUGCAUCCAUCAUUCACGGGUUUGCCUGCUUUUCUGCGGUUUCAUUGCCUGCUUCGUGGGAAAUUUGAUCCAAGGGACGAACUAGUUAAUUUUUGGGUUAUGUGAGUGAUGGUUUCAACUACACUUCUGAGAUUUGUUUCGAGUUGCUGGAGGCCAGUUGUUGACGGAGAAUCGAUCAAGAGAGUUGGAGAUGCAAGUACAGGUCGUGUUGAUGGAUUGCUGUGGUACAAAGAUUUGGGACGACAUGUCAAUGGGGAAUUCUCCAUGGCAGUGAUUCAAGCAAACAAUCUGUUGGAAGAUCAGAGCCAACUCGAAUCCGGGCCUUUGAGUACGCUUGAAUCGGGUCCUCGUGGUACAUUUGUGGGAGUCUAUGAUGGCCAUGGAGGCCCAGAAGCUGCCCGAUUCGUCAACGAGCGUCUUUUCGAAAAUAUUAAGAAGUUUACAUCCGAGGGUCGUGGGAUGUCUAGCGAUGUCAUCACCAAGGCGUUCUUGGCUACGGACGAGGAGUUCCUUGGUUUGGUGAAGAGCCAAUGGCUAAACAAGCCGCAAAUUGCUUCCGUGGGAGCGUGUUGUUUAGUAGGGGUAGUAUGUAGCGGACUUCUAUACAUCGCCAACGCGGGCGAUUCUCGGGUGGUAUUAGGAAGGAUCGAAAAGACGACGACGACGACGACGAAGCAACAGGAGGAAGUGAAGGCCGUUCAGUUAUCUUCGGAACACAACGCGAGUGUGGAAUCCGUGAGGGAGGAGUUGCGACGGUUGCAUCCCGAUGAUCCUCAGAUCGUGGUGCCUAAGCACAAUGUUUGGCGUGUCAAGGGGAUAAUCCAGGUUUCAAGAUCUCUAGGAGAUGCUUACUUGAAAAGAGCAGAGUUCAAUCGUGAACCUUUACUGGCAAAAUUCAGAUUAUCUCAAUCAUUUGAAAAGCCAAUCUUACUAGCGGAGCCAACAAUCCAAGUGCAUAAACUAACUCCCGAGGAUCAGUUUCUAAUAUUUGCAUCAGACGGCUUGUGGGAGCACCUCACCAAUCAAGAAGCAGUCGACAUUGUACACAACUCUCAUCGCAAUGGUGUGGCAAGGAAGCUCUUAAAGGCGGCACUACAAGAAGCAGCGAAAAAGAGGGAAAUGAGAUACUCGGAUCUGGAAAAGAUCGACCGUGGUGUGAGGAGACAUUUCCAUGACGACAUUACAAUCAUAGUUUUGUUUCUGGAUUCAAAUACGAUAAGCCGCAGCACGUCCAGAAAUCCACGUGUCUCGAUACGAGGGGGAGGUGUGCCAGCCUGGGUAUAGCUCCAAUGUUUAGUUCCCGCGAGUUCGACUUACCGUGUAUAUGCCCCCCUUGGUGUAAGCACAUGCAUACGUCGUUGGAUCGACGUUCAGUAAAUUCACAAUCACUGUAUGCGCGCGUAAUGAUGAUUACUUACAGAACUGUCGCAACUUAGAUAUGAUGGUUGUGAAGCGUACGCGACCAAAACACGUGCUUAUGAAACAUCAAGAGUUGCAAGCACGCUAAUCGAAUCGAAUUUUCGCAGGCGCGGCGAGGGUUAGGAUGGGGGGAGCGCGGGAGAUGGGAAGAAACGAGAGGGGUACUAUCGAAGAGUACUUAGCACUUGGAGUAAAAUAAGAUACCCUAUUUUGUGCAAUUUUCCCUUUUUUAUUAACAAGGAGUUGAGGGGGUGUCUCAAGAACCCUUCGAUUGUAUAGAAAAUUCAGAAAAAGGAAGAAAUGAAAAAACAAAAACAAAAUUGAAUUUUCAGUCCACUUCAGUUCGUCGUCAUGUGAUCAAACCAUCAAUGAGUUUUUUUCUCCGGCAAAUUUACUUGUACUAGCAAAGCCCGCUCGCUUCGCGUCAAGAGGACCAUAUGAGAAAAUAACAUGGAAGAAUAAUAAUGUCAAAUAUUCUGUGAAUCUGUCUAUGAAAAAAUAGAUUCAUUACAACCGAUACAAUCUAACACAUAAACGAUGGCAACGAAACCCUUUUCAAAUGAACUAUUCUCCUCCGUCGUCUCCCCCAUCCAAUUCACCCUGCUGAGAGCUGGAAAUGAAGGAUUCCUCUGCCAUGGAUAGGGAACUGGAUUCUACAUUAAAUUAAACAACCAUUGAAAUAGAGAAAGAGACCAGCAUGGGGGAAACCAAGAGAGAGAGAGAGAAAUAACCUGCAGGUUCUUAGGCAGAGGCCAUUAUUGCAAACUUUGAACCGGUUAACGCUCUGAUAAAGACGACAACGGGCGUUCUGGCUUUAACUGAUGGGACAGGGAUUAUCCAUGGUGAUGGUCGUCCUUGGAGUCCCCCUAGUUCUGCUAGUUCAAAAUGGAAUCUGCGACACCUCCGAUCGAAGAAAUUUCUGACAUCACCUCGAAGGACUCAGCGGGAAAGAUUGAACCGAAGACCACCUCCAAACGGAUUGAAAACGAAGAACAGCUGCAAGAGAGAUGAAUAGCUUAAAAGAGGAAGGGAAAGCCGAUCAGUAUGUGAUAGGGCAAAAGCGUAUAGCUUCAAUUCCUAUCUUGUAGUAAACCGGAAACUCUGGGUAUCGUCUCUCAGGGACUGGUACAACCUUAUGAUUUAUCAAUUCUAUGGAGCAAACUAUAGGUGAAAAUGGUUGAAUGAGACUAAUUAUCUAAAAGCAAAAUUAACUAAUUAAGCAAAGUAAAUUGGUCGGGAGAAAUUCAAUGGAGAAAGCUCUGGGAGGAACACCGGGAUUCACUACCUAUCCUAUCCAGAUUAAUUCACAUAUUCCAAUCAGUUUAAUCCCUAUCUCUACAGCCAGGAUAUCACGAAUGUGCUAGCUAUCCCUGUCGGGAAUUACUACGUACUAAACAAUUAAAUCAAAUUCUACUGUCGUAGCUCAAUGACCUAAUUAUUUAGCCUGAAGAUCGAUAUCCUAUUUAAGACCGCAUAGCACCUUAUUUAAUCCACUGUCGCUUCGAUAAGUUACUAUGUCACAUGAAAUAGGUUCAGUUAUUAGGGUUUCACUGUCGCUAAUAACCUAAUUAACUACAAAUCAUUGUAUUGGUGGCCAGUCAACACAAAGCAUGAAGAAAUUUCAUGCAAUAGAGAUUGGAAGAAAAGAAUCAUGAAUCAAUCCAUCAAAUCAAGAAAUAGCUACAUCCUAUGGUGUUUCCCCCAGAAAUCGGGGUUUAGUUCAUGAUGAAAUUGAGAUAAAACAUUAGGGUUUUG